CUACGUGAAGCGCGCGGAGGAGAAGAUGAAUGGUGUGGCUGUUCCGAAAUACGGUGGCUCCGAGUCUGAACAGCCGCCGACCAUCUACACGGUCCCCUCGGAGCUGAGAUCGGCCAACGUGGAAGCCUACCUCCCUGUCGCCGUCGAGAUCGGCCUCGUCCACCAACGGUGGGCCAACCCGGACUUCGAACUCCUUCAGGACUACAAGUGGUGCUGCGUGCGCAGGCUCAUCAGCAGGCACCACCUUCUCCAGGAGUCAUCCCGGACACGGACGCUCCUGCGCCGGUGCCUGGCCGCCUUGAAAAGCCUGGAGCCGCGCAUCUGGGCGUCCUACCCGCGGAACGUCAAUAGGCAGGACCGGGACCUAGUGCACACCAUGCUGCUGGAUGGAUGCUUCAUCCUCCACCGCCUGCUCAAGUACGCGCGCAUCGCUAGAAGAGAAGCUGCUUCUUCUGCUUCAGCGUCGGCCACCGCCGAAGGUGGAAACGAUGACGACGAGGGGGACGACGACUGCUCGCAAGUGUUCGGGAGGUGCUGGGUCUGGGGGUUCGUCACGCGUGACCUGUUGUUGCUCGAGAACCAGAUCCCUUUCUUCGUCGUGGAGAAGCUGUUCGAGCAGCUCCGAACGGACCCUAACGAGACCAGCGAGGUCCUCGUGGCCGGUGCACUACGUCUCUUCCGCUCGCUCCGGCCGCAAAAUCUGCACGCCUCGCCAAUCACCUGCGUCAACGUGCACCACCUCCUGCACCUCUUCUACCUCUCCGUUGGGAAGCCAGCCCCGGCCCCGGCUCCGGCAUUUGACCUGCACCAACACGUCCAGCCGCCAUCGGAGUUUACGCAGUGGGUGCCGUGUGCCAGGGAGCUGGAGGAGGCCGGCGUCAAGUUUCGCGCGAGGCAGGACGCGACGAGCUUCCUCGACAUGGAAUUCCACGGGGGCGUCCUGGAGAUCCCGAUGCUACAGCUGUACGACUACAGUGAACCCCUACUCCGCAACCUGAUCGCCUUCGAGCAGACCUACCCGUUCACGCCGGGCAACGUCACCGCCUACGCCAUCUUCAUGGACUGCCUCGUGGCCUCGCCGGAGGACAUGAGGCUGCUGCAACUCAGCGGCGUGCUGGUGAACCAGAUGAACAGCGAGCGGGACCGGGAGGCGGCGAGGUUCUUCGGCCGCCUGUGCCACGAGACCUACCUGGCCGCGGACCGCAACUACCUCGCCGGCGUGAUCACGGAGUUGAACAAGUACCAACGGGCAAGGUGGCCCCGGUGGCGCGCGGCCCUGGUGCGCAACUACUUCAGCAACCCGUGGGUGACCACGUCGGUGGCCGCCGCCGUGGUCUUGCUCGUCCUCACCACACUGCAGAGUUUCUUUGCUGCGUAUGCAUACUUCAAGCCACCCAAGCAGCAGUAA